GUGGUGUUUCCUCGGGUGGCGAGGGUUUGCAAGAACGACCGAGGAGGCUCGCCCCGUGUCCUGGAAAAGCAGUGGACCUCGUUCCUCAAGUCUCGGCUGAACUGCUCCAUCCCCGGCGACUCCCACUUCUACUUCAACAUCCUGCAGGCAGUGACGGACGUCAUUCACAUCAAUGGGAGGGAUGUCGUCAUGGCGACUUUCUCCACUCCGUACAACAGUAUUCCAGGUUCGGCGGUGUGUGCCUAUGACAUGGCGGAGGUGGCCAACACGUUCACGGGGCGUUUCAAAGAGCAGAAAUCCCCAGACUCCACCUGGACGCCUUUUCCCGAAGAGAAGGUUCCGAAGCCGAGGCCUGGGAACUGUGCCGGCACUCCAUCCAUGGAGAGGUACAAGGUAUCCAAUGAGUUCCCCGACGACACACUCAACUUCAUCAAGAUGCAUCCUCUGAUGGAUGAGGCCGUGCCCUCCAUCGCUAACAGGCCCUGGUUUCUCAAGACCAUGGUUCGAUACCGUCUGACGCGCAUCGUGGUGGACAGCGAGGCGGGUCCCAACAAGAACCACACGGUGGUGUUCCUGGGCUCUGAGAAAGGCAUCAUCCUCAAGUUCUUGGCCAAGAUGAACAACGGUUUCCUCAACGACAGCCUGUUUCUGGAGGAGCUCAACGUCUACAACCCCGACAAGUGCAGCAUAGAUGGCGUGGAGGACAAACGCAUCAUCGGUAUGCAGAUAGACAGCAAGAGUCACGCUCUGUGGGUCGCCUUCACUUCCUGUGUGGUCAAAGUGCCGCUGUCGCGCUGCGAAAGGCACGGACGAUGCAAGAAAUCCUGUAUAGCCUCCAGAGACCCGUACUGUGGUUGGGUAUCAGAGGGGGCCUGCAGACAGGUGGUCGGCAACACCAAAUCAGCCUUUGAGCAGGACGUGGAGCAUGGUAACACAGAUGGCCUGGGAGACUGCCAAAAUACCUUUGUGGCACUGAACGGCCACCAUCACCACCACCAUCACCACACCCUCUCACUUCCCACCUCGGCCCUCCCCGAGGCCGCGGAGGGGCCCCUUGGGCGGGGCCGCAUGGUGGAGCGGAAGGACCCCCCCAUGAGUUCUGACAAAGGGGAGGACCCCUACGUGGCGGUGCCCUCUCAGACUCAGCCCGAAGCCAAUGGUGUGAUCCGUGAGAGCUACCAGAAGGGCCGGGACCAGCUCGUUCCCGUGACCCUGCUGGCCAUCGCCGUCAUCCUAGCGUUUGCCAUGGGCGCCAUCUUCUCCGGCAUCAUCGUCUACUGCGUCUGUGACCACCGGCGGCGAGACAUGGACCUGACGGGCCGCAAGGAAAAGGACAGCCACCACCUCCACUCCCGCCGGGGAUCCAUGAACAGCGUGACCAAGCUCACCGGCCUGUUUGAGACGCAGGCCAAAGACGGUCGCCCCGAGGCCAUCCUCACCCCUUUGAUGCACAACGGGAGGCUGACACCGAACGGGAAGAUGCUGAUAAAAGCCGACCAGCAUCACCUGGACCUCGCUGCUCUGCCAACGCCUGAAUCCACUCCCAUGCAGCCGCGUCGCAAGCCCAGCCGGGGCAGCCGCGAGUGGGAGAGAAACCAGAACCUCAUCAACGCUUGUACCAAGGACAUGCCGCCUAUGGGCUCCCCUGUUAUCUCUACAGAUCUGCCCCUGAGGGCCUCGCCGGGGCACAUUCCCAGCGUGGUGGUCCUACCUCUCCCGCAGCAUCAGCACCAGCUCCAGCCUCAUCUGCAGCAGCACCAGCAGUCCUACCAGCACGAGUACGUGGAGCAGCCGCAUCACAGCGAUAUGGGCAUGGGUCACGGUGUCAUGGACGACCAGGGGGCCACCCUGGAGUACAAGACCGUGAAGAGCCCGUGUCACAACCUCACCAUGGUGGAUCCAGAUGGGGUGCUGCCACCUCGCGUGCCCCAACGAGAGGCGUCCCUCACCGUCCCUCCUGCUGUCCCGCAGAUGGGCAAACGCCUGGAGGUCCACUCGUCGGUCUACGGGCUCCGGAAAGGAUCGGCAUCUGGUGCUUGUGGAUCCUCCGCCCUCAAGAAGCACAACACCAACUCAUCUAAUUCCUCCCAUUUGGCGAGACAUCACAGCUUCAACCGUGUGGAGACUCCGCCGCCUGCACCUCAGAGGGUGGACUCCAUACAAAUGACAGCGCAGGGCAUAUCUCUGUCCCGGCAGCCUGGAAUGAGUUCCUACGGUUCACUGCCUCGAACGGGCAUCAAGCAUCUCAAGCCUGAUGUCCCACCCAAACCCUCCGUAGUCUCACUCUCGACAAAAGUCAAGUCCAGUGACUCCGGCACAUAGUCAGCUUCAAUGCCCGUCGGUCCAAUGUGAAAAGACAGAAGCGAAAGGUGUUUUCUGAACGAGAGAAAAAAACAGGGAAUACUGUACAACUUGCAUCUCCUUUUAGUGUUUCUGUUUGUUUUUUGGUGUACAUUACAGUGGAAAAUGCAACACAGUUUUUUUAAAGAAAACACUUUCUUUUUAUAUAAAUAUGUAAAUAUACGAUGGUUGUCGUCAUUUGUCGAGCUCCUGCUCCGGCCGGCUCCACACGGGAACACGUGCUACUGAAAAAGAAGAUGAUGCUCGUCCUGAAUAUUUCAUCCAAUGGCACCCUGUAGCAUUCAAGACGGCUGCUCUCUUGUUUGUGGUGUCUUUGGUCACGAGGAAACUUUAUCAUGCUGGUAAAAGCACAUAAGAAGACAGAGCGUGGUGGGGGAGGAGGAGGGGAGUUGGAGAAUAAUCGUUGUACAGUACCUUGAGGACUGGAGAAUCUGAGCGAACGAGCACUCAGAGAGAUUGGACUGAAAGGACAGACAGCUGCCUGGGUUCUGUCGGAAACUGUGAAAAGCCUCUCAGUGUUACAGCAAUCAAGUCCCGCCUGGGUUCGGUUGAAAAAGCCUGGGCCAGAAGAAUCUUCUACUGUACUGGUUACUGAUUAACACAUGACUGUUAAUACUAAUAGCUUGUUGUAUUUAUUUUUAUUAAGUGCUUUUGGAAAAAAGAAAACAAAAAAAAAACUGACUUUCUAGGCUUGGGGAGAAAAAGAGAGAGAGAGAGAGAGGACGAAGAGAUCUUUUAAUAUUAAUUAAUCAAGUGUGAGGAAAAAAAAAAAUAUUUAAAGUCAUUAAACUGGAGCCAGUAGAACUUUCUUGAUGACUAAAGGUCCACUCGGUCUUACUGUGCGCUCGGUGGGACCUGCAGCUUGAGAUAUGCGCGACGAGGAGGAGAUAUUUAUUUAAACUGUGCCAGACCAGGACUUUUACCUUUACGGACCAGAAUUUCCAUUGUUUUAGACCAAUCAUU